GAGCUCCAUGUACAUUCAAAGCUGACCUCAUUAUCCUAUUCAGAUUCAUCACGGUGAUCGACUUCCAACAAUUGCACCCCUUCUCUACUAUAACUCCCGCAGUUUUAUUCUACUUUUCGCUGCAACUUAGUCAGACCACUCAGCCAACACUCUCCCCACCUUUACACUUCCACCAGGGGAAUUUCCUUCCCCACCUCACAGCUCAUCAUGCAAGCCGCCCAGCUGUCCUGGGAAUUAGAAAAUGCGGUCACCUUAAUCGAUCCUCAACGAGACGCUCUAUACCAAUACGAUGAAGAAACGCACAAAGCCCUCAGCAACGCCCGCCCAUGGUCAAAGGACCCCCACUAUUUUAAGUCCAUUCGCAUAUCCGCAGUUGCGCUCCUGAAAAUGGUCAUGCAUGCCCGCUCCGGAGGCUCUCUGGAGGUCAUGGGUCUAAUGCAAGGCUAUAUCCUCCCAGAAACAUUUGUCGUAACGGAUGCCUUCCGCCUUCCCGUCGAGGGCACAGAGACUCGAGUUAACGCUCAAGACGAAGCGAACGAAUACAUGGUUUCAUACCUUCAGGCUUGUCGUGAUGCAGGGAGAAUGGAAAACGCAGUUGGGUGGUACCACAGUCACCCCGGAUACGGAUGCUGGCUCUCGGGAAUCGAUGUCUCCACACAAGACAUGCAACAACUCGGCGGUCCGUUUGUUGCUGUUGUCAUUGAUCCCGAACGAACUAUUUCCGCAGGGAAGGUAGAUAUCGGUGCAUUCAGGACGUUCCCCAAGGACUACACGCCACCAAAGGAGGAGCAAGAAGAAGACGAGUACCAGACCGUUCCGCUAAACAAGGCAGAGGACUUUGGAGCUCAUGCAUCUCAUUACUACUCACUCGAGGUCUCUCUUUUCAAAAGUGCCCUCGAUACGGAGAUUCUCUCACUCCUCUGGAACAAGUACUGGGUGGCCACUCUCAGCCAAAGCCCCCUGUUCACCACGCGCGAUUAUGGAAGCAAACAAAUGCUAGACCUCAGCCAGAAAACCCGGCGAGUAGCCCGAGGGAUCGAAACCAACUCCUCCCGAGGUGGCGCACCUACUCAGAUCAAAGACCCACAACUCGAGAGAGUUGUAAAAGAUGGCCAACGAAUCGUAUCGGAGGAGGUAAAGGGAUUGCUUGCCUCAGAAGUGAAAAUGCAGCUCUUUCAAGGCAUUGGAAAAAAGACAACAACAGGAUCAAGUUGAUUACUGAGAUGCGUCCUGAGAUAAAUGAACUUGACUGAGCAUAAAAUACAAACGAUGAAACGAUCCGAUAUUUCCAAUAUCUUAUACAUAGACUUCCAUAUCAAUAGAUAUUCGACUUUCG